AUGGCAUUUUUCAAAUACAUAACAUGGGUCUACCGAGAACUAGGCCUCAACUCCCUCUACUCCACGGGCGUCGAUGCAUGGCUUAUCAUCACCGCAAGAUGUCUCCGAAUGGUAGCCUUCGGUACCGUUUCCCUCAUCUUGGCACUCUUCUUCUCAGCCUUGAAGUUUUCCGAUACUUAUAUUGGUCUAUUCAUGACCCUAACACUUCUCGGGGAUGUUGUUCUCUCUGUGGGAAUUACCCUGAUUGCGGACCAAGUGGGACGAAGAAGAGUGCUGAUUGGAGGAUCGACUUUGAUGGUCGUAUCUGGGUUGAUGUUUUCAUACUUUGACAACUAUUGGAUUUUGCUAUGCGCUGCUGUGUUGGGAGUGAUCAGUCCCAAUGGAGCUGACUUUGGCCCUUUCAGAGCUAUUGAAGAGAGUAUGCUGUCUACCUUGACGGGACCGAAGACAAGACCGGAUGUCCUGUCUUGGUAUAUAACAGCUGCUACCCUGGGACAGUCAGUUGGAACCGAAGCGAGUGGUCGUUUUGUUGAAUACCUCGACAAAUUGGAGGGUUGGGUAAUAACUGAUGCUUAUCAUGCUGUCUUUUGGAUUUAUUCGGUGGUGGGAAUGCUUAAUAUUCUAUGCAUGGUACUGCUCGGUGACAAAUGCGAGGCGCCAGUCGCCCCGACCGAGCAUCAGGAGGAGGACGCCGAGGGAUUAUUAGAAGGAGAAGAAGGCCGGGAGCUUGAAGAAAGAGAAUCUCGAAGCCUUGAAAAUGUACAACCCUCAAAAGUCGAAACUCCACCGGAGAAAAAGAGUUUCUUUACUCAUAUUUCAAGGGAUACGAGGGUAGCAAUGUACAAGUUAUGGUUUCUACUCAUCAUCGACUCGCUCGCCGAUGGAAUGGUCGGUUACUCGCUCGUCACAUACUAUAUGGAUCUGAAAUUCCACCUCCCGAAAUCGACACUCGGCGAUAUCACGUCGAGUAGUUACUUCCUAUCGUUCAUUUCGACACUCUUCGCGGCACCACUAUCGCGUCGUCUCGGUCUGGUAAACACCAUGGUCUUCACACAUUUACCAUCUUCAGCAGCUGUCCUCUUCUUUCCACUACCCAAAAGCAUCGUUCUGACUGUCAUCCUCUUGAUGAUCCGUACGGGAUUGAAUAGCAUGGAUCAAGCGCCCAGAGUCGCAUUCAUCGCCGCAGUUGUUCGACCAGAGGAAAGAACUGCCAUCAUGGGGAUUACAAGUAUGCUUCGAACUUUGGCCUCGGCUAUUGGGCCAACUGUUACUGGUAUAUUGGCUGGCCAUGAUCGUUUUUGGAUUGCCUUCGUCGCUGCGGGUGCAUUGAGGAUCACGUAUGAUUUGGGGUUGUAUGCUAUGUUUGUUAAUGUCAAAUUGCAUCAACAUGAAGGUGGAGAAAAGAAUGCGAGUCUGCCGGUGGAUGAUGAGAGGCGGUCAAGUGAUGAAGAGGUGCGAUGA